AUGACCUCCAGUGAAGAACUUAUUGAAUUAGUUAAAAAAUUAAAACGCGAACGAUCAUUUGUUUCUGCUGAACAAAAACGUAUACGAGAACAAUAUACUCAACUUCUUAAACUUGCUGAACAUGUUCAACAUCGACAAUGGAUAACAUCCCAUCAACGUUAUAUACUUACGUCAUUGAUUUAUCCGAACCGUAAUGAUCAAAAUAUUCAAACGAAAUCAUGCUUUCAGCAUAUACAAAUUCUUGAUAAUAUAACAUUUAUUGACUCAUAUAAAUAUUUUAAUUAUUUACAAGAUUUACCUUAUUUACGUCUAUUAACCUUUUUAAGACAACAGCCAAAUCUAUUAGCACUAUGUUUAGCUACGAUAGAAAAAAAUGAUGGCCUAUUAUUAAAUUCAAUAAUACCAAUAUUAAUAUCAUCUCUAUUUAAUCAAUGUUUGUAUUAUGAUGAUGAAUUAUUUAUUCUUGAAUUACUUCGUUCAUUAAUUGAUAUACAAUUAAAAAAUGAAUCAAAUCCAAGAAUUGUUUUACAACGUUCAUCAUGUUCGUUUAAAAUCGUUUUUGAUUCAUUAUUAACAUCAUCACAAUCCUGUAAACUAUUUUUAACAGCUGCACUACACGAACCAAUUAUGCAAUUGCUCAUUGAUGACGAAUAUUUUUAUGAUAUUAAUCCGGAUGUAUCAUUAAAUCGAUUUUCGAAACAAGAACGUAUAAAAAAAUUCGGUCAACCAGGUACGCGUGAUUAUUUAGAUAAAAUACAAAAAUAUCGCAAUGUGAUUAUAACAAAACUGUAUACAUUCACAUGUACAUUUAUCGAAAGUUUACGCAAUUCCUUAAGUUUUUUUCCAACAUCUUUAUCAUUUUUGAUAUCGCAAAUGUUUAUUAUAUUAUCUCAAUCGAGUGAAUUAUCAUCACGUGAAAUACGUUGUUUAUGUUGUGAUAUUAUUAUGACAUUAUUUAUUGGACCAGCUAUAUGUGAACCAGAAAAACAUGGAAUUAUUGCUGAUAUACCAAUCAGUACAAUAGCACGACAUAAUUUGAAUCAAAUUGCUAUUAUACUUCAAACACUUGCUAUGUCAAAUGAUACAGAAUCGAAAACCAAGGAUCUUUAUAGUAAAUUUAAAGAGUCAGAAUCAUUUAUUUCUAAUUGUGUAUCAAGUAUAUUGGAUAAUUUUAUUGAUUCAAGUCGUAAUGUGAUGUUUCCAAUACGUUCAUCAACUCUAUCAUCAAGUAGUAUAACAAGAAAUAUUAUUCUAAUAACACAAAAACAACUUCGACAAUUGAUUUUAUUUUGUCGUCGUGCAGUAAAUGAUAUUAGCGAUAGUGAAUUAAAACAACAAUUGGAUACUUAUUUGCGAGCAUUACUACCAUUAGAAGAAUGUCUUAAAUCACCUCCGCCUCCAGUUUUACCACCAAUUCCACCUGUGAAUGAACAUCAUACGGACCAUAAUAAUCGACAUCAACAUCGAAAACCGAAUGGAACACGAGGUGAUGCAUGUGCUCAAAAACCUGAACGUAAUGAAAAUACUCAAUUUCCUGAAGAAGUUAUUGUUUUUACAUUAGAAUCAAGCGAUAAUGAAUGUCCAGGAAUGUUACCAGAAGAUAAAGUUUUACAAGAAAACGAAAGAACAAAAUUAAUAAAAACAUCAAGCACAAAUGAAUAUGACGCAGCAGCUACCGAAAAACGAUUACGUUUUCGUUUAAACGAUAAUUGUAGUGUUGGUAACAUUAGUGAUAAUCUAGAAGGUCUUGAAGGUAUUAGUGAAGGUGCUGCGUCAACCGGCAAUUUAAGUGUUACAUCGUCAUGUGAUGAUCUUGAUAAAGCAACCAAUGAAAUUGAAACCGAUCCCUUAUUUGAUAAUGGAUCCGUUAGUGGACGAGCAACACCAAAUCUAUCCGGUCGUGAUACGCCUUCGUCACAUAUUAGUCUUGAUAGUAGUGAUCGACGAGCAACUAGUACGAAUAAUCCUCAUGUUAAUACGCAAGAUAGUGUGAUCAAUAGUCAAAUAACCGGUACAAGUACUAUUCAUAAUCAUCUUGCCGGAUCGAUACAACGUGGACCAGCUCUACCUAUUGUUGUACAAAAACCAUUUCGUGAAGAUGUACCAGAUAAAUUUAAUUUAUUUGAUUUACCCCAACAACGACCAACAUUGGAAGCAGGCGAUGAAACACGUUCAACAAUAUCUGAUAAUUGGUCAACAAUGAAUGCUGGUGUAUCUGAAAUCGAUGGACAAGAGCAAGCAGCAGCUAGAUUAAUUGAAAUUACUGAAGAAUUACCUAUUAUUGAACCACGUGGAAAUAAUCGAAUUCUCCUACCGGAAAAUAAUUCAAUCGCAUUAAAUAAUAUGAAUAAACCCAUUGAUCAACAAUCUGAUUGUUGGAGUACAGAAGCAUUUGCUAGUGACAGUGAAACAUAUAGUGAAGAUGGUUCAAAUAUGCUACGACUCGUUACUAAUCAAAAUACUACUUCAGCAUCAAAUUUCAACGAACUUACCGUGCCUUCUUUUUCAACAGACAACAAUUCCGUAGCAUCAUCAUCAUCAAGAUUAGCUGAUCCAGUUGAUAUACUUUUAAUGAAAUCCUCACUUGAAAGUCUUCCAUCUAUAUCUGAUAGUGGUAUUCUACUUGAUAGUGGAAAAUUUUCUCAACAAACAAUAACUCCAUUAAAAUCUCCAACAGAUCCACGAUCUGUUCAUUUUCCAUUAAUUGACCUAUCAAAUACUUCACCAAAUAACAAUGCAUCUAAUGAAAAUUCAUCACAAAAUCUUCCACCAUCCAAUGCAGGAAUAUCAACUUCAAUUAUAAAACCAUCACCAUCAAAUAAGUCCAAUGAAAAACGUUCAUCAAAUGCAAUAUCUGCUUUACGUCGCCGAUUUGUUGGUAGUGGUAGCAGUAAUUCGAAUCGUCGAGAUCGUAGCAUUCCAGAAGAUGAUCAUGCGCAAAUCGAACAACAAAAUUCAAUAGACACAACAUCAGCCGAUGAUAUUCUUGCCAGAUAUUCAAAUAAAGGAUCGACCAAUAUUGAGAGUGGAUCAAAAAUAACGACAACAGCCGACGAAAGUCACACCGAAACAAUCAUAGUGGAAACAUUUGCCGAUACAAUUCCUUAUUAUGAUCCAACAAAUCUGGAUACAUGUCGAGCAUUUAUUGACGCUAAAAAGAAAUUACGUAUCGUACUUGCGUCAGCUGAUACUGAUUCAGUAAAUUAUCUUAAUUCACCCAUAAACUUUAGUCAAUAUUUACCACAACAACAACAGCAACAAAAUUGUUCAUCUUCAUCGUCAUCAUCAGUUUCAUCGAAUCGUAAAUCAUCUAAUAAUUUAAUUCUAUUUCUUCGUUCACAACUCUAUGAAGCUAUUGCAUUACAAGAUCGUGAUUUACAAGCACAAUUGUAUGAAACAUUGCGUUGUGUACAACAAUUUAAUGAAAAUGAGUGUAAAGAAUUAAUUCGUUCGAUGAUUGAUGACUAUCGAUCAAGAUCAGUUUACAUUGCUUAUCUUGUUAAAAACAAUGAAAAUCUUCUGAAUAGUACCUAUCAUCAAGCUCGAUUACUUGUACGAAUACAACGUGAUCAAGAUUUAUGCAAACAAAAUCUAAUAAAUUAUCUUAUUAAAUUAUUUCUUGAUUCUAAAGAGCAUUUGCUACAAAAAUUAAUUGAUAAAUUUUCACAUUUAUCCAUUGCCGAAGAAAAAAUGCAUUUAUUAGAAUUAUUUCUUCAAGAUUGUUGUCGAGAAAUAACAUCUGAUAUCAACUGGAAAACUGCUUCACCCGAACAACUUUCUAUGUCUCAAACAUCAAUUGAACGUAUGGUUAUGGCAAAAAUCUAUACCGCUGCAUUGUAUCCCAAUGGGCAAAUCGAUGUUCAACGAGAUCAAAUUUUCAGUGGUCAUAUACGAACACUUGCAGAACAACUAGAUCCUAACCAUCAAAAAUUACGCAUUCAAAAACUUUAUCAACGAGAAUGUCCAUGGCCAUCAGCUCAAGCUGAACUGCGUUUAAUUAAUGCCUAUAAAACUCCUCGUGAUAAACUUGGAUGUGUACAACGAUGCAUACGUAUAAUUCAAAAUCUAAUUCGUUUAGCGUCGAAUUCAGCCGCUGGCGCUGAUGAUACAAUACCAAUAUUAAUUUAUGUUAUUGUUAAAGCUAACCCACCUAAUCUUCUAUCCAUUAUGCAAUAUGUACAAGAUCUAUAUUCAUCACGUUUCACAGAUGAAGAAAGUUACUAUUGGACAAUGUUCGUAUCGGGUGUUAAAUUUAUACAUGAGAUGAUUUAG